CUGCGCGCGCGGCGGGGAUGGAGCGUUACUAGUGUUCGCGGGUCGGGCGCCGGGGGGCUGGAGCCGCACGCUUCGAGCCGCUGCGCGCCAAAGCGGGCAUCCGAGAGGCGGGCGGCUCUGUGGUGAAGGCACCCCAAGUUAAAACCUCCGAACCUUGUGGGCAACCAUGCACAGGAAACACCUCCAGGAGAUCCCGGAUCAGAGCGGCAACAUCAGCACCAGCUUCACGUGGGGAUGGGAUUCCAGCAAGACUUCUGAGCUGCUGUCAGGCAUGGGGGUCUCCGCCCUGGAGAAGGAGGAGGUGGACAGCGAGAACAUCCCUCAGGAGCUGCUCUCCAACGUGGGCCACCCGCAGAGCCCCCCGCGGAAACGGCUCAAGAGCAAAGGCAACGAGAAAGACUUCGUGAUUAUCCGCAGACCCAAGCUCAACAGAGAAAACCUUCCAGGGGUUUCCUGGGACUCCCUUCCUGACGAGCUGCUCCUGGGAAUCUUUUCCUGUCUCUGCCUCCCUGAGCUGCUGAAGGUGUCUGGGGUUUGUAAGAGGUGGUACUGCCUAGCGUUUGAUGAGUCUCUCUGGCAGACAUUAGACCUCACAGGUAAAAAUCUGCACCCUGAUGUCAUUGGUCGGCUGCUGUCUCGAGGAGUGGUUGCCUUCCGCUGCCCACGGUCGUUUGUGGACCAGCCGUUGGGUGAACACUUCAGCUCUUUUCGCGUGCAGCACAUGGACCUAUCAAAUUCAGUUAUAAAUGUAUCUGCCCUCCAUGGCAUUCUGUCUCAGUGCUCCAAGCUGCAGAAUCUAAGCCUGGAAGGCUUACAGCUUUCGGAUGUCAUUGUCAGUAAUCUUGGUCAGAACUCAAAUUUACUGCGACUAAACCUUUGUGGGUGUUCUGGAUUCUCUGAAUCUGCGCUGCAAACUUUGCUAAGCAACUGCUCCAGACUGGACGAGCUGAACCUCUCCUGGUGCUAUGAGUUCACUGAGAAGCACGUGCAAGUGGCUGUCGCACACGUUUCAGAGACCAUCACCCAGCUGAAUCUCAGUGGCUACCGGAAGAACCUCCAGCAGUCAGAUGUCUCUACCCUAGUUAGAAGAUGCCCCAAUCUUGUCCAUCUAGACUUAAGUGACAGCAUCAUGUUGAAGAACGACUGCUUUCCGGAAUUUUACCAGCUCAACUACCUCCAACACCUCUCCCUCAGUCGGUGCUAUGAUAUAGUUCCUGAAACUUUACUUGAACUUGGAGAAAUUCCCACGCUAAAAACACUACAAGUUUUUGGAAUCGUGCCUGACGGAACCCUUCAACUGUUAAGGGAAGCCCUGCCUCAUCUACAGAUUAAUUGCUCCCAUUUCACCACCAUUGCCAGGCCAACUAUUGGCAACAAAAAGAACCAGGAGAUUUGGGGCAUCAAAUGCCGACUGUCACUGCAGAAACCCAGUUGUCUAUGAAGUAUUUAUUGUAGGAUGAAGUCUCUUUGGAACAGGCAGGAAGCCCGAUGUCUGGAGCACUUGGCUAGUGUUAGCCUUGGUUUUCCCUUUGCCUUUAUUCUGCAAGUAUAUUAAAGAACAGCUGGAGAGGGAGAAGGCAGGUACUGCUUUCUUGAAGUGACUAGAAAAGCUUUUGUUACUGUUAUGCUCUUACGAGCCUAGGUUGUAGGCCUCUUGCAAUUUCAGGAAAACGAGCCUGUAACUUGAGGAUACCCAAGAGAGCCAAAUUUGAGCCACCUCUUCAAGUGCCCUUCUUUUACUAGCCUAUUUAGAAUAAGUUUUAAAACUAUCAUUGGAAAUUUUUUAUAGCCUCUAUGAUAACUUUUCUGUAUUUAAUUUUUCAGCGUUGUUUUAUAAGAGAUAAUUUGAGAGAAUAAUAGCCAUUUGUAUUAUGGGCUGACUAGAAUCAUGGGAUGGUAGCAUUGGAAGCAAUCUCUUCUAGGGAUUUAAAAGAAAAAAUGCAUUUCAAUUCAUCCUUCAGACUUGAAAUUCAGCUACUAGGAAAGAAAAAAAAAGCCCUAUGUAAUUCAUCUUAAAACUUAAAAAAUGGAAAAGGACCCACCAGAGAUACAGAACUGAUCUCCAGGCCCAAGAGGCAAUUUUCCAAGUCAGAUUAAUUGAAGUAUCCUUUAUCGGUCAUUAAUACACUGUGUUCCCAGAAUCCUAAAUUAGGUAAGGAAAUAAAACUGUGGUUUUCUAACUUUAAAAUCAGAUUAUGUUAUGAGUUGUUCAGCUUCUAAAAUGACUAGUUUUGUUUCAGAACUGUAUUAACUCCUUCUCCAUUCUGAAGUUAUCUGUUGUUUUCCUGUAGUGUUGAGAUUCUUGAGAUUAUUUUUAUAUUACUAUGGAGUCACGUUUUGUGUUGUCUUUUUUUCAUUUUAAUGAUCUCUUAUAAUUGCUUGAACUGUCUACUUUCUGUGGUUAUUGGACUUAAGAGUUCCCUAAGAAUUGCAUGUUCCUUUAAAUCAGAAAUACACUAGAGCAGACACAUGUGUCAUGCCGUGUCGGAGCAGUAAGCACUACAUGCACCUACACAGGAGUUACGUCUCGGGUAUUGGAAUACGAAUAAUUUAAAACACGUACCAAGCAGGUACUGAAAGUAGAGAUUAUAUUCUGCCUGAAAAAAAAAAAUCACAUUAAUUUGAGUAGAUGACCUCCCCAUAUUUUAAAAAUGCAACAGAAGUGCCAAAACCCAUCAUUUCUAUUGCCUUUUUUAAAUAGUAUAAAGUGCCCUUAUCUGCUCAGAACAUUUUAAAGUACUGUUACACAGGAAUGAUUACGCUUCAAUUUCGUAGUAGUUAAAAAGUGCUAAAUACUACUUGAAAUUAUUGUUUACAGAUUAGUGACAAGGGCUGGUGACAGGAUCCGGUUGGACAUUGACUCCGGAUGCCCUCACUGACAGUAUCUCUACUCCAAACUCAAGUCCAGCCAUAAGCUAUUUUGCCAACACGUCAGAGUAAUCUGUAUUUUUGUAUGUGAUUUCUACUUUUAUAGGCUUGUAUUAAAAUAAAGCACAUUUUUAUAAAAA